AUGAACCAUGGAACCAACUCCGGCAGCUGCGUCUUGGCAAGGCUGAAGAAGUUUCAUGGCUUGAUGGCGGCGCUGCUCCGAUCCAAUAGGAGGGAGGGAUAUGGCAAGAGCUCCGAACACGUAAUUCUUGGCGCACGUACAAUCUACCAAAGACAUCAACUCGAGUCGCACACCAGCUUGAUAGUUCUGAAGAAGCCAAAGCGGAGUCUGAGAUCUGAGAAGGAUGCCCGGCAGACUAACUUUGUCCAGACCAUCCCCUAUGCCGAUCCUCGGCACAUUUCCGUGUCAAAUCUGCACUACUCUGUGUUCUGUGGCAUAAGCCACCCGGAUUGGGAAUGUGGUACAUACUACAUACGUGUACCCAGUCGAAAAAUAAGACCGGGAUCUGCACUCUACACUUUCUGUUCAGAGGCCAGUAUGCCAAUGUUCGUGUGCAGAGUAGAGUGUGAAAGAAUUCGUCAGCCGCCGGUCAAUGAGCUACCUACAGAGGUAUUCAUUUCAUUGGUGUUUUGUAGGCCAGCUGGCCAACAAACUACUCUUUCUAUUGGUUGUGAAAUCUCUAUUCAGACGCAUACUGUCACUACCGAGGUGCGGGGAUCCCCAGGCAGUAACGACGGCCGGCGUGAGGCCACCCUAGCCAGCCGUGACCACUGUGAUGAACCUGGAGGUUGGCGACCUGAGCCCAUGAGCCGAACCUCCGGGACUCAACCCGUUGCAGCAUCUUUGGUUCGCAAUCUUGUCCCUGAUGCUGCGGCUGCCCGCUUCUGGGGGAUUGCAGCACUGAGCUUGCAAUUUUCUGUAUAGUCACGCAACUCGUUAAAAUUAAUCAGGGUGAGGUUGGUAAUUGGCUUUCCAUGAAUGGAGUACGGAUAACGGAGUACAAAUGGAAAGCAACAGAAACUCUUUUGUGCACGCAGAAGUUCAAGUUGUGCCUGUUUGGCUGAGGUUGGUGGCUGUGGUGCCUGUGGUGCCUGUAGUUUCGGAUUUAG